UUCUCUUCCUUUUUCUUUCUCCUUAUUAAAUUUGUGGGAAAAGAGGAAUUCAGAAGCUUAAAACUUAAAAUCCAAGCACAGGAGGUGAAGUGCAAAAGCCAUAUAUCCUCCAUAUGAACUGCAGGAGCAAUAAGUUUUCUUCAACUCUAAUGGGGUUUUCAUGCUUAAGGUUAAGCACAGAAUUGUCACUUUUCUAUUAUGUUAUGGUUGUAUGUUGCUUCAGCUUUCUGCACCCAAGGUUUCCUACCAUAGUAGCUGCAUCUAGGCUGCGAGGGAACGAUACAGAUCGACUUGCUUUGCUUGCAUUCAAGGCAAACAUAAUUGAUGAUCCGUUCAAGGUUCUGAGCUCAUGGAAUGGAUCAGCCCUCUUCUGCGAAUGGCACGGUGUUACAUGUGGUCGACGCCACCAAAAAGUCACCAAGUUGGACCUGAGAUCCCAAAAAUUAUUUGGGACCAUACCGCCACACAUCGGGAAUCUAAGCUUCCUUAGAGAACUACAUUUCCAGAACAACAGUCUUGUUCGUGAAAUCCCCUCAGAACUUGGACGUUUGUCAAGGCUGAAAAUUUUAGACCUACAUUAUAAUUCGUUCAGUGGCAAUAUUCCUGCCAACUUAUCUAGUUGCUCUAGUCUUAUUGGCUUCGAUUUUGGUUUCAACAAGCUGGUAGGGGCAGUUCCUAUAGAGCUAGGCUCAUUGUCAAAGCUCAAACUAGUUUCAAUCCAAUACAAUGAUCUAACCGGAGAUAUUCCUCAUUCUUUUGCAAACUUAACAUCUCUUAAAAUUCUACUUGCAACCGAAAAUGGUUUUGGUGGAAGUAUCCCCGAUUCUCUUGGUCAUCUGGGCAACUUGACAGUGAUUGGACUAGGCGAAAGUAGAUUGUCUGGUGCCAUCCCUCCGUCAAUCUUCAAUCUCUCUUCCCUCACAGCUUUUGAUGUGAUCGAUAAUAAGCACCUGCGUGGCAGCCUUCCCUUUGAUAUAGGCAUCACUCUUCCUAAUCUUCAAUUCCUUGGCUUAAGUGGUAACCAAUUUACUGGGUCAUUCCCUAAUUCAAUAACCAAUGCCUCAAAUCUGGAAGUAUUUGAAAUCGCUAUCAACAAUUUUAAUGGAAAAGUGCCAACUAUGGAAAAGCUACAUAAGCUUCAGUUUGUAAACAUUGGUCGGAACAGUUUUGGAAGUGGUGGACCAGACGAUUUGGGCUUUCUUUCUUCUUUGACAAAUGCCACCUACUUAACGGUGUUGAGUCUGGGCCAUAAUAAGUUUGGUGGAACAUUUCCCGAAUCCAUCAGCAACUUGUCAACAAUGCUUGAACAACUUACUCUUAACGACAAUUGUAUAGUUGGAAGCAUUCCAACUGCGAUAGAAAAUCUUAUAAACUUGACUUUCCUAGACCUGUCUGAAAACCAAUUCACAGGUAACAUCCCAAGCGAUAUCGGUAAACUUCAAAAGCUAAGUGUAUGGUAUAUUUGUCGAAACCAAUUUAUAGGUUUUAUUCCAUUCUCUGUUGGAAACUUAAGCCUUCUAACCGAGGUCAUCUUAAGUGAAAAUAACUUUCAGGGCAGCAUCCCUUCAAGUAUGGGAAAAUGCAAGAGUUUGUUACUAUUGGAUCUCUCUGGCAACAAUUUUAGUGGCACCAUACCUCAGGAGGUUCUCGGUCUCUCAUCCUUAUCGUUGUACCUAGACCUAUCUCGAAACCAUUUGAGUGGUUCCCUUCCCCCAGAGGUGGGAAACUUGAAAAAUUUAGGUGAACUAGAUGUUUUUGACAACAUGUUAUCUGGUGAAAUUCCGAACACACUUGGUAGUUGUAUAAUGUUGGAAUUCCUUUUCAUGCAAGGAAACUCCUUCCGAGGGCCUAUUCCUUCGUCUUUAAGUUUUUUGAGAGGUAUUCAAAAAUUGGAUCUCUCACGCAAUAAUUUGUCGGGAAAAAUUCCAGAAUAUUUGACAGGUUUUCAGCUGAAGGAGCUAAAUCUAUCUUUCAAUGACUUUGAUAGUGAGGUACCAAUCAAAGGCAUCUUCAAAAAUGCGAGCGCAACAUAUGUUAUGGGAAAUAGUAAGCUUUGUGGGGGUGUACCUGAAUUACGAUUACCUAGAUGCAAGGUUAAAGAGUUGAAGAAAAGGAGGUCAAACCUCAUCCUAAAACUCCUGAUUCCAUUAUCUUGUGGGCUUCUAGGAGUAAUUUUGGUGGUGUGCUUUUUAUACCUUUACUGGUCUAAGAAGUCAAGACAAGCAAAAUCGUCAAGUUUGCUAGAAAAUUCACUCUUGAAAGUGUCUUAUCAAAGUCUCCUAAAAGCUACUAAUGAGUUCUCUUCAGACAAUUUAAUUGGAGUGGGUAGUUUUAGCUCUGUGUAUAAAGGAGUUCUUGACCAGGAUGGAACUAUUGUUGCUGUAAAGGUACUUAACCUUUUGCGUCCAGGGGCUUCCAAGAGUUUUCUUGCAGAGUGCGAGGCCUUGAGAAACAUCAGGCAUCGAAAUCUUGUGAAGGUGGUCACUGCAUGUUCAGGUGUUGAUUACCAAGGGAAUGAUUUCAAGGCACUAGUUUAUGAGUACAUGGUCAAUGGGAAUGUAGAGGAGUGGUUGCAUCCAAUUCAAGGGGAAGAUGAGGUGAAUGAGGAGCCAAGAAAUUUAGGUCUUCUUCAGAGGUUAAAUAUUACCUUAGAUAUUGCCUUUGCCUUGGAUUAUCUUCACAAUCAUUGCCACACUCGCAUAAUUCACUGCGAUUUGAAGCCAAGCAACAUUCUUCUAAACAACGAGAUGACUGCACAUGUUGGUGACUUUGGUUUAACACGAUUUCUUGUUAAUAGUAGCUCUGCACAUCAAACAAGUCGUUCUAUUGGACUAAGAGGAUCCAUUGGCUAUGCCGCACCAGAGUACGGCAUGGGAAAUGAACCGUCGAUACAUGGGGAUGUGUAUAGCUAUGGCAUCAUAUUGUUGGAAAUAUUUAUCGGAAAGAGACCCACUGAUGAGAUGUUUAAAGAGAGUUUAAAUCUUCAUAACUAUGUUAAGAUGACUUUACCUGAAAGAGUAGCGAAUGUCGCCGAUCCGAGACUUUUCCAAUAUGGAGAAGAGGGUGAGACGAGCAUAAACCAUCAGCGUCGGGAUCACAUACAUGCUAGCAGUCACAAAAUUCAGGAGUGCUUGAUUUCACUAUUUGGAAUUGGACUCGCAUGUUCACAAGAAACUCCAAGUGAGCGGUUGGACACUAGUGACAUUCUAGCCAAGUUGCUUGCGGUAAGGAACCAAUUCAUGGAGACUGAUGGCAUACAUGAACAGAGAUCUAGAAUUGGCAUCCAAUCUUGAAUAGGCUAAAGGUGGAUCACUACGGAAUCUUGUAUGAGACAGAAGUAAUAAUGCGUGCAUCAAAUGGUUUAUCAAAUUUUGCUUAGUGAAUGAAUGUUGAUGGUUGGAUUAAUAGGUCUAAUUAGAAUUGAUCCAACAACUUAGCUAUAUACAUAUUCUGGCAAACUAUUUGGUAGGUAUAGCAAGAUUUUUUUUUUUUUUUUUGCAAAAU